AUGCCGACCGAGCUGGAAGAGUUAGUUGAGUUUUUGCAUCAUGGAAAUACUCAAAUCCGACAACUUGCUUGCGACCACCUCGUCGGCCACUCCUCAGACCCGGCAGUGUUCAAGAAACCUCAGCUCGUCCCUGUCAAAGACUUGAAACUUCUCGUCAAGGACUACCCCCCUAUAGCCAAGAAUGCUCUUACAAUCUUGAUCAAUAUCAGUCACGACACUGAAAUCCUCGAGAACCUAGCAGCGGAUGAUGCAUUCAUUGAGACUUUGCUUAGGAAGGAUCCGAAAGAGCAAACGGCCGAUGAAAUCGCCAUGCUCCUCGCAAAUCUCGCCAAAACAGACGACAUGGAAAAGUUAAUUAGUCUGAAGCGAGCAUUACCCGCCAAAACAGUCUCUACAUCUUCAUAUGCCCUUGAUCAGCUGCUCGACUGUUUUGUGAAAGGGGCUGACGGGUCUCUCAACAAACACGCAAACUUCGACUAUCUGGCAUAUCUCCUGGCUGACCUGUCCAAACACAAAGUUGGCCGGGAUUAUUUUCUGAGCAAAAGAGACUAUGAUGGCGUGGUGCCCAUAAGCAAGCUAACAGUCUUCACGGAGCACAAAAGUCACAUUCGACGGAGAGGAGUCGCCAGCACGAUCAAGAAUGUGGCCUUUGAAGUUGAUAAGCACCCUUUACUUCUAGCCGACGACACCGAAACCGUUGACGGAGUUCCUGGCGUCAACAUAUUGCCAUACAUCCUCCUCCCACUUGCUGGGUCAGAAGAGUUUCCAGAAGAGGAGUCAGCCGAUAUGCUCCCAGAUUUACAACUCUUGCCGCCUGAUAAGGCUAGAGACAGCGACAAUGGCAUUCUUGUGACUCAUCUCGAGACAUUGUUGCUGCUGACCACGACGAAGGAAGGACGAGACAAAUUGAGGAGGGUGCAGGUUUAUCCGUUGAUUAGAGAGACGCACAUGCACGUCCAGGACGAGGGUGUGAGGGAGGCAUGUGACCGGCUAGUGCAAGUUCUCAUGCGAGAUGAGGAGGAAAGGCCGAGGGUCGAAGAGGUGGAUGAAGACGAGAAGAUAGAAGAGAUAUUUUGA